CCUCAAUAUCGGUUUUUCUUCGGAACUCGUUAUCUCCAGAAGGAUAUCUUUCCCCAGAAAACACUUGUAGCCCUUAGCACCGAUGCAGCAGAUGCGGGCUCACCUGACGACGGCCGGGAAUCUUGAUCAGGUGUAGUUUGUAUUCAAACACGAUCUUCAUAUAAGCUUGUCUUUGUCAAGAAGGGUGGCAGAAAGAUUAUUCGUCGUGACACCCACCGGGAGCACAGGGGAGACAGAAAGAGAUGGGUAGAUUUUCGACUGUUUUCCUCAUACCUCUCGUUUCACUGGUGCUGUGCCUGCAGAAAAUUAAUUCCCAAACUUCUUCCUGCUCAAUUAAAGCAUUUCCAUUGGUGAGGAACCUUACUGAUAUUCCAUCAAACAACUAUGGAAGAGAAGGCUUUUCACAUGUUACUGUUGCUGGAUUUGGCCUGCAUGGAAUGAAAGAGAUUGAAGUGUGGCUGCAGACAUUUUCUCCUGGUGCACGGACUCCCAUACAUAGGCAUUCUUGUGAAGAGGUCUUUAUUGUGCUUCAAGGCAGUGGAACUCUUCUUCUAGCCCCUAACUCACACAUGAAGUACCCAGGAGAGCCAGAAAAUCUACCUAUAUUUCCAAAUAGCACCUUUCAUGUUCCAGUCAAUGAUGUGCAUCAGGUCUGGAAUUCAAAUGAUUCUGGGGAUUUACAGGUGUUAGUUGUGAUAUCAAGACCACCAGUGAAAAUAUUCAUAUAUCAGGACUGGACCAUGCCUCAUAUUGCAGCAAAGUUGAAGUAUCCCUACUAUUGGGAUGAGGAAUGCCUUCAAACACCAAGCAAUGACCACAAAGACGAGUUAUGACAUGUUUUUGAGAAUCUCAGGGAGUUGAUUUUGAUCAACUGUCUGUUGGUAAAAAAUCUGAGGUAGUUUUCACUAACCAUGUAAGUUUGAUUUGAUUCCAUGCAUGUUUAACAAUGAGGGGAUGAGGACUUUUUUAACUUUGUCAGUGUAAACAAGAGAGGAUCAAUGUGGAGGGACAACAGCUUCUUUCAGAA